AAACAUGUCGGGGGCAAGCAAAAAACGCAUACAGGAUGCCCCCCUGCAUUGGAUUCUGUUGAUGGCGCAUCUCAUGCAACUGAAGCCCGUAGGAUGGAGGCUCAAAGCAGUGAACCGUUAGUUGGGUACAAGCGCCAGAGGAGUAAGGCAAUUAUCUGCCGAGGGAAGCGCCCUGAUGAUAUUGUGAGCAAUGAGAGUCUUCCCGGAGAUGCUGAAAAUGUGAGUGACAAAAGCGGUGGUGUGGAUAAGCCACCAAAUCCAAAGCGGCAGAAAACCGGAGGAAACGAGGGUCGUAGGAAUAGGGCAUCGCCUGCAAGGCUGUUCAAAUUGAAUAAAGAGUUGGUUUCUAAUCAAAAAGGUGUUAUUAUUGGAAAAGAGUUUGGAGGCCUGCUGGACCUUGCAGCGAACAGCAUGCCUGGCGAUCUUAGUCAAUGGAUAAUGAAGCAUUAUGAUCCAGAGAUGUCACAGAUAGUUAUUCCAGAGAGGGGGAAGAUUCCAUGGGAGAAAAGUCUGUUACGAAAACCGCCCUGA